GCUCACUGUCGUUUGACAACGCAACAUCCCGUUGUGUUGUGUUGUUUUUUGUACCAUCAUCUGUCAAGGCGUCAGUGCGAGCAGGAUUCGCAAGUGCCACUAUUAUCGAAACCAAAAUAAUACUAAAUUUGUGAAUAAUUGUAGUUUCGUGGGCAGCUGCUGAUUAUGGAAACAAUUCAGAAGUUAGCCAAUAACCUGAUCAUCGAUAGCAAUUGAAACACGACGUUUGCGGGCAGACACUUAAGUAGGGGCGCUUAUUCGAUGACCAGCGGGCGCGAAUGACGUGGAUGAGCUGCAAUUAAAACAUUUCCGACGCGACAGUUAAUGUAAUAAUUUUUCUAUAUUAGUCUACUGUAUUAUAUUUAAAAUGUUCGAGAUUAGUGACACACAAAAAAUUGGCGUUGGCCUUGCUGGAUUCGGAGUGGCAUUUCUCUUCCUAGGCGUUUUGCUGUUGUUCGACAAAGGGCUGCUAGCAGUUGGGAACAUACUAUUCAUCUGUGGGCUAGCCUGUGUGAUAGGUCUGGAGCGAACCUUUCGGUUCUUUUUCCAGAAGCAUAAGGUUAAGGCUUCGAUUGCAUUUUUCGGUGGAAUCGUGAUCGUCCUGUUCGGCUAUCCGCUAAUUGGGAUGCUGAUAGAAACGUACGGGUUCGUUCUGCUGUUUAGUGGGUUCUUCCCGGUGGCCAUCAACUUUCUGCGGAGGGUACCGAUCCUGGGAUCGUUCCUCAACAUGCCGGGCGUGAGCAAGAUUGUUGAUCGCCUGGCAGGAGACUCGAACCGAACUACGGUAUGAUAGCUAUAAGAUUGUAAAAAAAUCUAGCACUGUAAGAGAAGGUUGGUACGAAAUAAAGCCGGAAAGUAGAGAAACUUGAGGGCGAAGUUCAAAUCUAUCAAAUCGA